AUGUUUUCUUUAUCCUCUACAAAUCAAUUCCCUUAUCCCCCACAUUUCCAAUAUUCUAGUGGAUAUUACCCAAACAAUCAACAUUUUGUUCCAAACCAUCCCUCCAACUAUUUCGGUGUUUCCUCGCAUUCUGGCUCAGUUCAAAACUUUCAAGUUAAUCAAGGCUUUCCUUCUGUUUAUAAUACAAAUUUACCUCCAACCCAACAAGCAUCAUCGUCUUCUUUUAAAAAUAUUAUUGAAGGGACUACUAGUAUGUUAAAAAUUUAA